AGGAGAGCGAAACACGACACCCCGAGAGAGAAAGGGGGGGGGGGGUUUGAGGGAACACGAAGUGAGUGAGUGAGUGAGUGAGUGAGUGAGUGGAAAAAGAAAAAGUCUGUGCCGGAGAAAGAGAGGGGCAAAGAAAGAACAGAGUUGGCUUUGGGGUUUUCGUUCCUUUCAGAAGCGCCGCUGUUUUGACUGUCGUUUAGGAUGAUGAUGAUGAUGAUGUGGAGGAGGAAUCGACCAUGCGACAUUGUUGCAACAAACGGGAUGAACGUUUAGUCUCGUUGCAUUCCGCUGCUCCAACACCGACCAACAGCAGCACGGCUCCUUCAAACUUCGACCUGCGCCAUUCAGACCCGGGCGACUGGAUUUCCCCCCGGAGGCUCGGGGCAACUGUUCGCGUCGGACGCCGCGUAACGUUACUUUAAAACAAAUAUUCCGGCACAAAACUUUUUUUUCAACAAACGCCGAUGUGUCGAGAUAAAACGCACAAGCGUAUGUGAAGUCAGCGGAGUUUUUUUUUUUUUUUGUCCUACUCAGAGCGAGCACAUAAUCGGGGCAGGUUCUUUUCUAACAAGCCACUUGUGAGAACAACACCGGAGGAAGGAGUGGGGUGUCACUGCUAACUUGGCUAAACGCAAGCUAACUAAAGUCUAAAGUUACGAGUCGACGGGGAAAGUGACCGAAGCAGCACGCCGACGACGACGACAACAAAGAUGAAAACCCCGGCAGACUCGGGGUUUGCCUUUCCGGAUUGGGCCUACAAGCCCGAGUCGAGCCCAGGUUCCAGACAGAUCCAGCUGUGGCACUUCAUCCUGGAGCUGCUGAGGAAAGAGGAGUACCACGACGUCAUCGCCUGGCAGGGAGACUAUGGAGAGUUUGUCAUCAAGGACCCAGACGAGGUGGCCCGCUUGUGGGGGGCGAGGAAGUGUAAACCACAGAUGAACUAUGACAAGCUUAGCCGAGCUCUAAGAUACUACUACAACAAGAGGAUCCUUCACAAGACCAAAGGGAAGAGAUUCACCUACAAGUUCAACUUCAACAAACUAGUGCUGGUCAACUACCCCUUCAUCGACAUGGGCUCUGGUCGAGUCCCUCAGAGUGCCCCCCCAGUGCCAACUGGAGGCAACCACUUUCGUUUCCCCCCCUCCACGCCGUCAGAAGUCCUCUCAUCCAGUGAGGAGCUGCGCAGCCCAGGCAUGUUCAGCAGCGUGGCUCGCCGCAUGGCCCGGGGCUCUGUGAGCGACUGCAGCGACGGCACCUCCACCAACUCGGAGCUGGAGGAGGCUAUGGGGGCCCGUGAGCGAGGCAUGGGGCCCGAGAGGGCUUACAGGGGCCUGCUUCCUCCACGCCUGCCUCAUGAUUCUUUCUUCAGGGUCUACCCGAACCCAGCAGGGCUUGCCAGACAUGGGCCCAGGGUCCACCCAGAGCCUCUGUCUCCAUUCCCUGUCUCCCCCCUGCCUGGCCCCGGGGGUCUUCUGGCCCCAACUCUGUCCCCCGCCCUGUCCAUGACCCCUACCCCCCACCUGCCCUACACCCCCUCUCCCUCCCUGUCCUCUCCCAUGUUGGGCUCCCACUUUUCCUUCAACCCGGAGGACAUGAAGCACUACCUGCAGGCCCACACCCAGUCUGUCUACAACUACCACCUCAGCCCCCGAGCCUUCCUCCACUACCCCAACAUUAUUAUCCCUCAGCCCCACCGCCCCACCCCAGAGAAGCCAGCCGCCCAUCACCUCCACGGGCAGCAGCAGCACCCGUCACCGUUCUCUCAUUCGCUCGGCCAACAGCCAGGGGGCGGAGAGGAGGGGCAGCAGCACCCAUCACCGUUCAAGUUCAAGCUGCAGCCGCCGCCGCUUGGACGCAAACAGAGGGAAUCUGGGAGCUCACUGGCUGCUGCUUCUUCCUCCUCUUCCUCCAGCCAGUCCUCCUCAUUCACAGGGUCAAGUCAGAAAAUCAACUCUGCCUUGUCUGCCGGGCCUCCUAAGAUCAAGGUGGAGCCCAUAUCCGACAUUGAGUCAGAAGAAGAGGUGGAGGUGACUGACAUCAGUGAUGAAGAUGAGCUCAAUCACAUUGACGAGGACGAUGAAGGUGACAUCUUCACCAGGACCGCUCGUCACCAUCCUCAUCAUCAGCUUAACAACCAUCUCCGAGCUAACGGAAACGGGAGCAGCCAUUCUGCCCCUCCACACGCUAACCCUGAUGACGACCCGGAUGAUGACGAGGAGGUCUUCAAGACUCCUGCCACUCCUUCCCUUAGCAGCGCCGGCCUGGCCUUCCCUCUGAUCAACCUGAAGAGUGAGCCGGGUCAGGCGGCUCCCAUCAGCCCUGGAGGCACGCGCUGCAUCCCGCUCAAACUCCGCUUCAAACGCCGCUGGAGCGAAGACCAGAAGAUGGAGGCGGACGGGGAGAGGGACGAGGCAGAGGACAAGAAAGUGAGGGCUAACGGAGAGGAGGAGGUCGGGGGGAAGAGAGAGGAGGUGGGCAGGAGAGUGGGGGAGGUGGAGAAUGGGGGAGGGAGAGAAGGAGCAGGAGGGGUUAUUUUGGGGUUGAUGCUGCCACCGCCUCCCACCCAGCGCAGAGCGAGCUCAGAGCUGCAGAGGGCCACAGCACAGCUGUCUCUGGAAAACACUGGCUGCUGAGCCGCGCGCGCACACACACGCGCCCACACACACACACGCGCACACACACAUGCGCACACACACGCAUACGCACCUCUGAGUCUUGUCUACAAACUUAAUAGUUUUAGACCAUUAUGCUUUGUGCUUUCUUGACGGCAGUAGUGAACAUAGCCGGUUUUGUGUGCUUAAGGUGAAAGGUGGAGACAGUAACUGAAAGGUGAUUAUAUAAACACACUUAAAUGUUGUACCAUAUGUAGGAAGUUUGUGCAAUAAUUAAAGGAGGUGUCGGGGCACUUUUUCCUGAGCUCACAGCACCACAAGCUCCUUAAAUUACUUAACAUAAAACAAAACAAAAAUGUCCCCGCAUGUGUGACAUCUACAUGCUCAGAAUGUGUUUACGGACAGCAUAUUGACAUGAUUACCUCUCAGGUUUUGUCACUGUUGGCAGCAUUAACACCUUUUACUUUGUACCUUCCUAUGGUUCAGUACUGUUGGCAAGCAACCACUGGCCACGUAGCCUGUGGAAAAGCAUAAAGCAUAGAUGUGCCUGUGUAGCCUCUAAUGUUCUGCAAGGCAAGACCCCUUUGUGCCCCUGGUACAUCUUCCGACAUGAACACAGCAGACAGUAUUUUUGCUGUGACUUACAACAUUAAAGAGAUAAUCAAACGUAGUUUGUAUAUUUACUUCUGACCCCUUUUUAACAUUAGAGUCGUACAGAGAGGGAGUCUGCUCUUAAUAUCUCUUAGGAAUUGCACAUUGCCUUUUCAACGCCUCCCAGCGCCAGUUAAAUCUGCCAGGGAUCACCUCACAUCACACCUGUGCCCAGAUGAUGUCUUUUAAUGGGUCUGUUUAUCUGGUGCAGUGAAACUAAUCAGUCACCCUAAAGCAUACAAAGGCAGCCUGGAUUGUACAGCAGUAGAUAGACAGAUUUUCUUACCCACAUCUGGCUCACUUGAAGGUAGUGAGCCCUCCUACUUACUUCUCCCUCUCUCCUCACCGUAACGGACAUAUAGAUCCUAAUGUUACUAAAACACUUUUAACAGCCCUGCUAGAGAUUACAGAAGUGCCUGUCUGUCUGCUCACAUCACCAAGCAGUCGUUUACAAAAUGGAGGGCAGUAAGAAAAAAAACAAAAACAAAGACCUUGCUCCGGUGGACCUUACAGACUGAAGAGGGUGAUUAGAAAAAGCUCUCCAAUCACAGUCUUUUCUCCAAGACGCAACUCAGGACACUAUCAGACUGCAGACUGAGUUGAGUGGUCUCUUCAUCCUCGGCUCAUUCACUAGUGUAUAAAGACACGAAAUGAGGGCGGAAUUGUACAUCUUGAGGACAGUCAAAGUAAGUCUGAGUGAGUAGGAGAGGAAGAUUGUGAUGAACUGGCUUUGAUCUCUCAACCUCUGACCUGCCACACGAGACAUUUGUUAGCCAGCAGAUGGACGUGGUUCCCGCUGUACAGAGCAAUCGCCUGGGUUUCUGAGGAAAGAAAUCGGUCUCUCCUUUUCUCUUCACUUGUUUGGGUGAAAGAGGAAGCAGCUACUAGAACGGCUGUAAUUAGAGACCCACUUGUUUCUGCGUGGACCCAUAGCUGGUGUAAAAACAUCAGGCCUCGAGGAUACAGAGGGUGUCUCGGCUUUUGGUGUGCCCGCGUGACUUCGCACAAUCUCUUAAAGGGGUCGGUGGUUUGAGGGCAUUCGUAGUAUUUUCUCCCUCUAGCGUACAGAUCAGCAGCUGUCUUCUGCAUUCCCCCUGUUUGUAUUUUUAAAGACUGUAUUCUUUCUGUCAAAGGAGGCUUGUGCCUCUUAAGAACACGGACAGUAUUUUAGGGCAUUUGCAGUGAUCUGAGGACUUUCUGUGUUUUGGAGACGAUAGCCGAAUCGGUUCAUGUGAUGUUUUUGAGAAGCGACGAUUGAAGCGAGCGUAUUUGUCUAGGGGAGAACGGGGAACCAUGAAAUGAAUGUCUAGCAUCAAGGUUAACUCAGGCAAACCUUCACUGAGAUAUCGAGAAACACACUUAUUUUUAUGACGUUUUACUCACACAGUUCAAAAAGGAAGAAAAAAAGAACAUUGUGCCCAUUUUAAUGAACAAACAAUUCCAAAGGAGAUUGUGCCUUUUUUUAAGCCAACAAGAGUUUUUAGCCAUUCACCCCCAGCAAAAUGUUUUUAUCAAAAAACACACACACACAUACACACACAGUACCACCAUGCCUUCUGUUUUUUGUAAAAGAGAGCUACAGAAUAAGUAAAUCUACACAUAUAUAUUUUAUUCAAAUAUAUAUUGAAUUCAAAUAUUAUAUUUCAAUAUGGUCAUUUGAUACAAAUCAGGAAAAUCCUAUUUUUAACGGUAAAGAUAUGUAUAUAUUCUAAUGGGCAUAUUAUUACCAGUAUAAUUCAGCCUUUGCCUUCUCACCCUUGCCUUCUCUUGACCGUUGAGCUGCAGUGACAAAGGCCACCAGUAUCAGAGUUUUAUAUUUAUAUUGUAAAAAUUAAACAAACAGUUAUUGUGUAAUCAGGGGGUGGAGGGUGUGAUGAGCGAGCAGAAAUUUUUAACCAGACCUGGGUCAAAUCCUAUUUACCUUGUUGGUGGGCGUGUUUGUUUAGCAGAUAGGCGGGGUUUCCCACAUCAGGAAACAGAAAGGUGACUUUAAUUCCCUUUUUCUGUUAACAUUUUAGCUCUUUUUACUUUGUCCUGUGUGGUUACCCGCCUGCAACUCAAACCUGUAUUUGGCAGCCACUCUUUGACCCCGACCUGCUUAAAAAGAAAAAAAAGCGGUUUGUAACGGGGAGUUGGUGACGGACGCCUGUGUUCAGAGUAGACAUGAUGAUUCUGAUUGGAUGACAGCAGGUUGACUCUGGACUCAGCGUGGACUCUGGACUCAAGCAGGCUUUAUGUGAACCGAGUGUGUAUGGGCUGGUCUGAACCCUGCCCAUAUGCAAUACACACACACACACACACACACACGUGCACACACACACUCACUUACCCACCCUGUCCUGGUUACAGUGAGGCUUUACUGUGGCUAGAAUAAAGGGAAACAUGACAUCACACGUGACAUCAGACACAGUCUCUCUGGAGUAGACUGCAAACCAUAGAAACUACACACACACACACACACACACACACACACACACACAGACACAGACACACACGGAGGAAAUGGCAUCACAAAACCUCAGAGCGGAGUGGAGAGAGAGGGACUUCCCAUAACCUGAAUCGCUCAUUCUGCUCUGUGUGUAUGUGCACUUGUGAAUGUGUAGGUUCUAUAGUUAUGCUAUACACACACACACACACACACACACACACACACUUUUCAACACCGUUCAGAAAGGACUAGCCAGAUGAAGUCUUCGCCCGUGGUAUUUAGUCCCAGUUUUCUUGUCCAGAUUGUCCAACUUUCUCCAGUCUCGUGCAAAUUAAUUUUGAAAUUUUUCCUCACCAGGCACAAAAAAACUCCCACGCCUAUCCUUCUAAUUGGCUUGUUAACAUUAUCAGCAUUAUAAAAAGUCAAACCUCCCAACUUUUUGCCAUUUGUUAGUGUAGAUUGCUAAAAAGUGCCAGCAAAAAAAACAUUUUAGGUAACUUUAAGGCAGUUUUAAAAGUGUCUGGUAAAGCAGAAUACAAACACCAAGCUGUACCUGAACUGUUGCACCUGUGCUGCCUUACCUUCAAACACAAGAGAAUAACCCUUUCCCCACCAGUCGAUAUUUUCACUCUUCGAUUUCAUCGAUGCUUAUCAUUUCUUCUGUAUUUUUUUCAGACAUAUUACUGUUACUCUUGUAAUUAUUAUAUUAUUAACAUGACUAUUUUUCAUUAUUUUGUACCCUCUUGCCCAUGGCCCGGUCUCUUCUCCAUGAAUUCUGUUUUUCUGUGAGUUUUUUUCUUGUUGUUUCAGUUUGCACGCUUUCCCACAAACUUCAACUAUUUGGCUUCAGUGCAGUCUUUGUUUUCUUCUUCUUCUUUUCUUUUUACUGAUUUUAUAACCAUGUUACCAUGGACAAGAGGAGGGUCACAUAAUCCCCACAUGAUAUACAGCAGGGGAAGAAACUAUUGUUUUCAUAUUAUUAUGUUGUGUAUAUAUUAUUUUUUUUUUUUCCCAUUUUGGAGGAUUCUGUAUGAAAAAAAGCUUUGUACUGUUUAACCAUUGUAUUAUUUGAAAUGCGUCCCCUGUCCUCUCUCUGGUCGUCUCCGUCUCUCCUCUCGUGUCCACCUCAACACUGAGCUGUCACUCCAGAGGAGAGACGGAGACUUGUAGUUUUUAUCAUGGAGGAACCACCUGUACUUCAGUUUCUCAUCUAUCUGUUCAUCUUCAUUUGUAAUUAAACAAUAAUCAGGGUUCAUUAAAAAAAAAGGUGAAAAUGGA